CCUCCCCUGCUAGGCGCUGCGCUGCGCUUCGCUGAAUAAAAAGGCGUCGCCCUUCUCCAUUUCACUCCCCCACCCGCACUCCACAAACUCAAACGGCUGCGUCAGCAAUCGCAGGCGACGCGACGGGUGGCGAAGAAGCGAGAUCGGAAUUCCACCUUUUUUUUUUCCUUCUCUCCGCUCCUCCAUCGUAUGUAACGAAACCCUCGCCGCCCCUUCCCCCGCCGUAGUUUCUACUUCUUCCAGGGUUUUGAUCUUAACGCGAGUCCCGAAGUUCGUAGGCCGGAGCAAUGGCCACCGAGAAGGAAUUGGUGGACGAUAUUAGGGACGUCGGGAAGCAGCUCGAAUCUCCUCCCGCCGACGUCGACGAUCUCCUCACCCUGCUGGACCAAACUGAGCAACUCUUAAUGAGAGUCCAUCAAGCACCAAGUCAGUCAAUUAUGGACGCGCUUCAUCCUGCAAUGAGUUUGUUGGUCGACAAGAAACUUUUGAGGCAUCCAAAUGAAGAUGUGAAAGCGAUAGUUGCUUCAUGUACAAAUGAAAUUAUGAGAAUCACUGCACCUGAUGCUCCAUAUAAUGAUGAUUUAAUGAAGGAAGUGUUCGGGAACAUAGUUGACACACUUGACAAAUUGGAUGACAUAUCUAAUGACUCAUUCUUUAAGAGGGUUUCUAUUCUUGACACCUUUGCCAAAGUUCGAUCAUUUAUUGUGAUGUUGGAUCUUGAAUGUGAUGCUCUGGUUUUGAAUAUGUUCCGCAUUUUCCUUAGAACAAUUCGGCCAAAUCAUAGUGAGAGCAUCUUUUCUUCCAUGGAAACCAUUAUGACAGUUUUAUUGGAAGAAAGUGAUUACAUCUCAGAAGGACUUCUCUUCUGCCUUUUGGAUGUUGUUAAAAUUGAUAAUAAAAACACAUUACCAAUUGCUCACAAGCUCGCAGAAAGAGUAAUCACAGCAUGUGCCUCAAAACUAAAACCAUAUUUAGGGAAAUUUGUUAAGCCAAGGGUUUGCUUAAAAGAUUACAGCAAAGUUGUUGCUUCCAUAAUCGAAGGAAAUUAUGAUUUUGGAGGGCAAAAUGCCGUAAAUUCUGCCAAUGUUAAGGAACUAGCAAAUACAAAGAGAGAGGGCUCAGAUGGUGAGACUCUUAACAUUACAUCUCCAAGACUAAACCCGGCUGAGAGUUCUGAUAAAUUUAGAUUAAAAGUAGGUUGUUCUUAUGGCUCAAAUAAUUCAGGAACAAAACCAAAAAUGCUGGCAGCUGCAAAGCGUAAGAUUGUUGGGGAAGUUUCAUCUGUAAAGCAGAACUCAGAGAAAGAUGUUGCAGGAGAGACGAGGAAGAAGAUAAGAAAACUGGAUGAGAGAUUAGUUGGUGAUAGAAUUCAAGUAUGGUGGCCGGAUGAUCAGCAGUUUUACACUGGCACGAUUAAGGAGUAUGAUCACGUCACUAAAAAACAUAAGGUCUUAUAUGAUGAUGGGGACGUGGAGAUACUUUUGCUCAAGGAAGAGCGUUGGAUGUUUGCCAGUGAAAUAAGAACAUCUCCAACGUGUGAUUUUGCAGAUGAUGCAAAAGAUGCUAUUGAUGCUUCUUUGGACAACAAAGCGGUAAACACAAAAUCAAAUUCUACAGCUGGAGAAACAAAUGUGCAGACAGUGAUCAAGAGUACUGUUGCCAGUUCUGAACUGCCAAAGCGAAAAGGCCGACCACCUAAAGUUGGAAGGUCUAUCCAAUCUAAGUUGAUGGAAGAUGUUUCUCCCAAGGUUGAACAGAAGCCUUUGUUCAAGGAUAUGCAUGAACCUAGAAGCAAAGUCACUGAACUUGGCUUCACUGAACAGAAGCCUUUGUUCAAUGAUGAGGACAUACUGAGAAGUAAACAGAAUGAAUCCACUAAACUGGAUCAAAAACCAAAGGAUAUACCUUCCCUGAAUGCAAGUGGUGGAGAACCAAAGACGAGUUUAAAUCCCCAAAAACAGAACAGCUAAGAUUGGAGAAAUGGAGGCAUCUCCUGCAAAGGAGAGCCUGGCUCCAUCAGGGAAAGCAGAAAGCGAAGAGAACUGCAAGGCGCAAGGGCAUACUUUAAGAGUUAAGAUUUCAAAUUUUAUAAUCAUUUUGGUCACUGAACUUGUUUCAGGCUGUCUGGUUUAUUCGUCUCUAUCCAAUUACUCCAAGGAGUUGUAGCAUCAGAUGAUUUUUAAUCUGAUUGGUUUUUGUUGUUUUUAUUCAGUUCAGUUAUAUUUGCUAGUUUAUUUACAUUGAAGGAUGCAAAUAUUCCUUCUUGCAGUUACAAUUACUUGUGCGGAGAUUCAACCUUAAAGAAUGUCAUCAAGCUUGAAAUUUGAAUUUGAA